UUUUGCUUGGCUUGAACUGAUCUGCCAUCGCAGUUUUAUGCCAAAGUUACUUUUAAGCAACAAUCAAAAGGGCUGGGCAUUUUUCCAACGUUUACUUGUGGAUUUGUUCAAGUUUAUGGAGCCUUACCUGAGAAAUGCUGAGCUUAGUGAUCCGGUCCGAUUGUUGUACAAAGGCACCCUUAGAGUGUUGUUGGUUCUUCUUCAUGAUUUUUUAGAGUUUCUAUGCGAUUACCAUUUCAGCUAUUGCGAUGUUAUUCCUCCUAGUUGCAUUCUUAGUGCCUUUCCACGGAACAUGAGGCUCCCAGAUCCAUUUACUCCCAACUUAAAGGUUGACCUUCUUCCUGAAAUCAGCCAGUCACCAAGAAUAUUAUUUGAGGUAGAUGCUGCACUAAAGAGUAGACAGAUGAAAACAGAGGUUGAUGAAUAUUUUAAGGUGCAGUUUCGAUACAUGAGACUGCUCAACUCAGAGGCCUCUUCUGCAUGCAGCAGCCUCAACCAGGAGAUCAACAUCGUACAAAGAAUUAACAUUUUAAACUCGUCGACACCAAAGGGCUGUGAAUUUACAAACGCAGUUAACUACUUCUCCAAACAUGGGUCGUUGCCCCGUAAGAUCUGUAAAGACCUUACCUGCUCGAAAGGGUUGCAAACCAUUUUAUUUCUUGUGUCAACAGACACAGUUGCAGACGCCAUUGACAUUGUAUCUGGAACGCCGAGGAAAAUAUGCCCUGCCUUGGUCGCUCUGGUUGCCACGUCUCUGUUCAUGGUAGCUCCUGUGGCGGCAGAGGAUGCAUGCUCUUGA